UCCAAAUCUCUCUAUCACUUCCUCACAUUCCCUCCAAAUUUUCACAGAAAAGAAAAUGGAGAUUCCUCAUCGACGCUUCUUCUGUGCAACUCUGUUACUCUUUCUCGCAUCGUUCGCCGUCGUUUACACCGUGCUUCAUCCAUCGCAGUUGAAGCCACCUCACCUCCUCAAAACAAAGGUUUCCGGCGAGAAUCACCUCCGUGCUGUUGGAAACGCCGCCGGUGCCGGUGCUCACUCAAACACCACCGCCGUAACCAGGAAAGGGGAAAAUGUGAAGAGGAAGAGAGAAAAGCGAGAAGAAGAACUAGCACGAGCAAGAGCUUCAAUGCGGAGGGUGGUGUUACGAGAUAACAGAACCGUUCUAUCUUAUCGUAACGACGACGAUAACUUCCCAACUGGAUCUGUUUAUCGUAACCCGCGAUUAUUUUACCGGAGCUACUUGGAGAUGGAGAAGGUAUUCAAGGUGUACGUAUACCCAGAUGGGGACCUGCCAAUUGUUCACGAUGGCCCUUGCAAGGACCUAUACUCGAUUGAAGGGAGGUUCCUCCAUCAGAUGGAACACGAAGUUGGAAGGUUCAGGACAUAUGACCCUAACGCAGCUCACGUUUACUAUUUCCCAUUCAGCGUCACAUGGAUGGUCAAGUAUCUCUACAUAGCCAAUUACGACGUCACUCCUAUACAGCGGUUUGUCGCUGAUUAUGUGAGAGGGAUUUCCACGAGGCACCCUUUCUGGAACAGAACUCAUGGUGCUGAUCACUUUAUGCUCGCUUGUCAUGAUUGGGGCCCUCAUGCAUCAAGGGGCGAUCCUUUCCUUUACAAUACCUCAAUCCGGGUCUUGUGCAAUGCCAACACUUCUGAAGGUUUCAAUCCUCAAAAGGAUGUAACUUUGCCAGAAAUCCACCUAUAUGGUGGUGAAGUGAACUCUAAACUCCUGUCACCUCCGCCUGACAGCGCCCCACGCCCCUAUCUCGCCUUCUUUGCGGGCGGCGAGCACGGCUCAAUCCGCUCCACUCUGCUCCACCACUGGAAAAACAGAGACAAUGAUAUUAUGCAAGUCCAUGAGUAUCUCCCAAAAGGCCUAGACUACUAUUCCUUCAUGCUCACAUCCAAGUUCUGCCUUUGUCCAAGCGGGUUUGAAGUGGCUAGCCCGAGAAUUGUGGAGUCAAUUUACGCCGAGUGCGUGCCGGUGAUCCUAUCAGAGCAUUUUGUGUUGCCUUUCAGUGAUGUUCUGCAAUGGGAUGCGUUUUCAGUGCAGAUUAAUGUUUCAGAUAUUCCAAGGCUAAAAGAGAUUCUCAGUGCAAUUCCAGAGAGCGAGUACUGGAAGCUCAAGCAGGGAGUGAGAGCUGUCAGGAAACAUUUUACUCUGAAUCAGCCUGCUAAAAGAUUUGAUGUUUUUCACAUGAUCUUGCACUCUAUAUGGCUGAGGAGAUUGAAUAUACAACUCAGGUACUUUUAUACUUAGACAUGAUCAAGUAUAUAGUAUAGUGCCAUUACUCACACUCAUUUCACCCUCCCUUAUUUCUAUCCCUCUCAUAUGCUUGUAUAAGAAGUUGUAGAAAAUGUGUGUAAAAAUAGGAUUUCUUUUGAGUAUUCAAAUUUAUCUCUAUAACUAUAAAAAUGACAAAUUAAUUGAAACUUAUUUACAUCUCUGAGUCCCAUAAUUGUUUCCAUUGGAAGAUGAAUUCCAAGACCAAUGCUGGCUUGGAAACUGGCUCUGCAGGUUAUUCUACUCU